CCACCUAAUAGUGGCAUGUCGGAGCUCCACAUAGGUGAAGCUGAUCAUUUCUUCACUGGGGGAAGCAAUUGUCAGAAAAAGAAAGACGGAAACGAGAGAGAGAGAGGGAUGAACAGAUUGUUCUCGGUUGGUGAUUUAUCCGACCCGUUCUGGAAUUCUACGGCGCCGGAGAUGCACCGGAUCGAUUCGGAAUGGGCUUUUGAGAGACUUCUGGAAGAGGUUGCUCCUCCUUCUCUGCAGCUUAGCAACAAUGAUGCUGUCGCUCCUCCGUCUUCGGGUGCGCAACCGUCAAAGCCCGCGGAAGGUAACAAUGAUGGCGUGAUCGAGAUCGAUACUACGUCAGCUCCCGCCCGUCCGCCGGCGCCUUUGGAUCACGCUCUUGAAGCUCCGAGAGAUUCCGAUGAGUACCGCGCAUAUCUCCAGUCCAAACUAGAAAUUGCCUGCGCUACUGUUGCUCGCUCUCGGGCGGCGUCUAUGAAGCCUGAAGGUUUUUCAACCUCACCCGAAAAUCAAGUGCAGGCCACAGAGUCUUCUCGGCCAGAAUCCCAAGCCAAUGGUACUGGACAUGUUCUCAUGACGGAACAAUGUAAGGCCAAUGAUAGACCAAUGGGUGUUGCUGCCUUACCUGCUUUGCAAAAAAAAUUGGAGGUACUACCGGCGCAAGCAACUAGCGGGUCAUCAAGGGAAGAUUCAGAUGAUGAUGAGUUUGAAGGGGAGAUAGAAAUUAAUGAAAAUAUGGAUCCUGCUGAUGCAAAACGUGCAAGAAGGAUGUUGUCAAAUCGGGAGUCAGCUCGACGCUCUAGAAGAAGAAAGCAAGAUCAGAUGAAUGAACUUGAAACACAGGCUGGUCAGCUAAAGGAUAAGCACUCUUCUUUACAGAAGCAUCUCACUGAGAUAAACCAAAAGUGUGAUAAAGCUUCUGUUGACAAUAGAAUUUUGAAGGCUGAUAUUGAGACAUUAAGGGCAAAGGUGAAGAUGGCUGAAGCAGCAGUCAAACAAAUGACAGGGGUGAACCCUAGACUUUUAACAAUGUCCGGCCUACCAGGUGCAGGCAUGCCUUUUAUUAGUAGUCCAGUGCAUACAUCUAGAAAUUUUGUACAAAUGCCGCCAAACCCCAAUGAAUUCCUCCAUCAGCCAGUCCCGAAUGUUUCUAAUACAAUUCUGCAUGACCCCAAAUUGUACCCGGGCUUUAACCAACACCACCCCGGUCCUCCAGUUGGAAAUCCCCACAAUGUUGGGGCAAAUAAUGUUUGUCUUGUUCCUCCUGUGCAGCCUUUGGCAAAUGAAGAAAAUGUGAUCGGAAUGCCUUUUGUGCACCAAGGAGCAGUUGUUGAUCAAGUGCACAAGCAUAUUAUUGGCCCUUCCGUCAGCGACAUGGCUUCACCACAUCCCACUUCCAUUGCAACGGACAAAAACCAAAACUGAAUUAGGCAACUUCUUUUCUCUGUUCUUGUUGUAACUUGUAACUGCUGCUGUCACAAUUAGCUCAUGGAAUCAGGUCAAGUGAAAUCAAACAUACAUAUAGUGUGUGAAUUUGUUAAAAACUAGCAAGGUGUGAAGUGAAAUGUAACAAAUAUGCUCAUGGCCAACUA